AUGUUCCCAAGCCGCAACUUUUCCGCGAGCGCUCCAAGUCACUCAAGCUCGUCGCAAAAGCCAUCCGGUGAUAUGGCCGAUGUUCAACAUCAUACCAGCACUCCAAUCAUGCCCAAAGACGCCCCUAUUGCCAUGACACAGGAAGUAAGCUAUUUCAUACGUAACCCUGAUCCAAACAUCGUUAACAACGAGAUUCAGGCACGACAAUUAUCCACGCUCAGCUCUCAUGCAAAAUCGUCUGCCCCAUUCCUCGGCGACGUUCAAGCGGGGCCAGAGUAUGGCAUGGAAUUAUCUUUUGAGGCAAUGGUGAACGACGAGGAUAUCUUCAGUCAAUUCCUGGAUGUGUCUGAUGUUGGCGACCCGUUCUAUCUCGAUUCAGCUCCUUUCCACCCCGCACAGCAUGUGCCAAACAAUGACGGCGACUUCUCUAGCGGUGCUAGUGUCGCGACAUCGUCGCCGGUGGACACUGAGUGCCAUUUCAAGUCGCCCUAUCCCUGGCUUCGAGACUGGUCGCUGUCAUAUGCGCAGGAUGAUAGUAGGCACACGAAACUGGUGCGAGAGAGAGCUUUCGCCCUCCCUAGCGCCGACGAGAUUCAAACCUCGAUAAUGCUAUAUUUCACAUACAUGCAAGCCAGGCUCCCGGUUCUCAAUGAACGCGAAUUUCAUCAACUCCUCACUGAAGAAGAUCCCAAGCCUAUCAGUUUGGCACUCUUGUAUGCCGUUCUUUUCGUCACCACCCCGUAUUUGGCAGCCGAGGGGAAGAAAGUAGCUGGGUACAAUACUAUCUUUGCCGCAACAUGCGAGUUUUACUCCAGAGCAGCCCUACUAUUAAAGCUUGGAUGCGAAGAUGACCCGCUAAGAAGGGUGCAGGUAUGCUUGCUUCUAAGCACCUAUCGAUCUUACGAAAAUCGUUACUACGAGAAUGAACGCUAUGUCACAACCGCUUACGACCUUCUGGUCGAAAACAAUGCUUUUCAACAGAGUUCAAGUCCUUUAAAUCCAGAUCAGCUCGCCUGGAAGCGAAAAACGAGCAGGCCAGAAAUGUUCGAUUCGUCACACCCCUCCUGCCCCAAGAUAUCCGUGGAAGAUUUCCAGGAAGACUGUAGUUUUUCGUGGUACCUCAGCAAGGAGACCAAGCAACAAACCUAUCGACUGUUCGUGGCCAUCUUCCAGCUUCAGAUGCGCACUACUGAACUUGGCAAGUUGCUGGUGUAUCGGACUGCACUAUACGCUCCAAACCAAACGCACAGCCAGACUGCGCCAUCUACACCCGAGCAUUUAUCUGUUGAAAACGUCGAGCUCAAAAUAGAUGAGUGGAGGCAGGACAACAGACAGCUACUGGAUUAUGAGCCGCCCUACUCAUCCUCUUCGACAGACUUCAAAGCCUUCAAGAUAGCACAUGCUUACACGAUGCUCUCCUACGAGUAUUUUAGAUCGGAAUUAUACCAAACAACCUUGAUUGUGGAUAAGGAUGGUCUUACCUCAUGGGCAAUGAGGCUUCGCGAGGCCUCUCGCAUGGCGCUUCGUGAGUCGGUUGCUGCAACUGUCGCUAUCUUGGAAAGUCUAGAGGCUCAAGCUCUCUCCGCCUUUCUCCCUCCAGGAAGUCUCUGCUGCGUGAUGAUCCCCAUGACCAUCUUCUACGUCCAACUGAAAACGACAUCGAACUAUGAUCCUCUCAUGCUGGAGAAGCUAGCCAUGUGCUCCAGAGUUACGCGCACUCUGUCGAGCCUCCAUGACCCUGCCGGCUUCUUCCACGCUUUGAUGAAUGCAACAUUAGCCAUGGUAGAUCGAUAUCGGCUGCCGUCAGAGCAUCUUGGUCAUGGUCUGCCCGGCAAGGCUGACGACAAAGCAACAGAUGAUUCGAGAGGAACUGGACAGACUAUUGUGCCAUUGCCUGGACUAAACCUACAUUCCUCUAUUAUUCGGCUCCAAAAUCUGGCUUACGCGAAGGGUGUUCCCGAGUCCGCAUCUACCACUUCGAGGUGA